CCCACACUAACCUUUACACGUCAACACGUGUCAAUCUGUCAGUCAGUUUUCCGGGUAUUGGGUUACGAAAGUGUGAACCUUAAUUCUACUUAGAAUUCUCCAUCAUGACAGUUGAAGACGCCGAUUUAUUAAAUUCUUUCGUCUCUUUAGGAUUAAGUGCACAGAAAGCAAAAGAAACAUUAAAAAAUGCGACAGUUACUAAUAAUUUAUCCCUGGCUUUAAAAGAGGUUCGUGGAAUUGAGCUGCCGGAAGGAGCUGGAAUGUUAAUAUAUCAUUUGGCAACUAAAAUAAAAUCACAAAUUAUAGAUCAGUUACCAUUUUUAGUUAAAUAUAUAGUUAGCGAUAAGUUAAAUACAACUGUUCGUGUUGACAAAGCUCUCGAGUAUGUUUUAACACAUAUAAAUAAAAUUAAUAUUGAUGAAUUUGAAAAAUUCUGUGGAGUUGGAGUAGUUGUAACACCGGAGCAAAUAGAAAAAUGUGUAGAAAAGUAUCUUUCUGAAGUUAGAGAUGAUUUAAAACAAAUGAGAUAUCGGUUUAAUGUCGGCUUGUUAAUGCAAUCAAUCCGUGGUGAAAUACCAUGGGCUGAUGGAAAAGCUGUUAAGAAUGAAGUCGAUUUACAGAUUUUUAAUUUAUUGGGGCCGAAAACAGAAGCUGAUUUAGCACCUGCGCCUAAAGUUGAUAAAAAAGCAACCAAGAAACCAGAUUCGAAAAGCUCAGCUAAUACUAAAAAAGACGCCACCAAUGAAUUAGGUUAUCAGCCAUUAACAAUCCACGAUGUAAUGAAAAAGGUUGAUUUUCAUUUGCCUGGUGAAAAUUACAAGACCGAUGGAUAUGUUGUAACUGAAAACACUCAGAAGCUACUGGCAAAACAUCUUAAAGAAACUGGAGGAAAAGUUCAAACUAGAUUUCCUCCAGAACCAAAUGGAAUUUUACAUAUUGGUCAUGCCAAAGCAAUUAAUAUAAAUUUUGGAUAUGCCCAAGCUCAUAACGGAAAUUGUUAUCUUCGUUAUGAUGAUACCAAUCCUGAAAAAGAAGAGGAAAAAUUUUUUGUCGGGAUCCGAGACAUGGUUGAAUGGCUUGGUUAUAAGCCAACGAAGAUUACCCAUUCUUCCGAUUAUUUUGAUCAAUUGUAUAAAUGGGCAGUUGUGUUAAUUGAAAAAGGUUUAGCGUAUGUCUGUCAUCAAACAACAGAAGAAAUGAGAGGAUUUGAUGUUAAACCGUCUCCAUGGCGUGAUCGUCCAAUUUCUGAAAGCUUACAACUUUUUGAGGAUAUGAAAAAUGGAAAGAUUGACGAAGGUGAGGCAACAUUACGAAUGCGUCUUACAUUAGAAGAGGGUAAAUUGGAUCCAGUUGCAUAUCGUGUAAGAUUCACAUCGCAUCAUCGAACUGGAGAUAAAUGGUGUAUUUAUCCUACGUAUGAUUAUACACAUUGUUUAUGCGAUAGUAUCGAAAAUAUCACACAUUCGUUAUGUACCAAAGAAUUUCAAUCUCGACGAUCUAGUUAUUACUGGUUAUGUAAUGCAUUGGAUAUUUAUUGUCCUGUACAAUGGGAGUAUGGACGCUUAAAUGUAAAUUACACGGUAGUAUCAAAACGAAAAAUAGCUAAAUUAAUUGAAGAAAAUAUUGUAAACGAUUGGGAUGAUCCACGUUUAUUUACGUUAACUGCUUUACGGCGACGAGGAUUUCCUCCUCAGGCAAUUAACAAUUUUUGUGCUCAGUUAGGUGUAACUGGAUCACAAAGUGUUGUUGAUCCUAGCAUGUUGGAUGCAUUUGUACGAGAUGAACUGAAUAAUACUGCACCUAGAGUAAUGGCUGUUUUAGAUCCUUUGAAAGUGAUAAUAAAAAAUUUCCCACACCCUGAUGCAAUUGAAUUAACUGUGCCAGAUUUUCCCAGCAAACCUGAUAGUACUUCUCAUAAAAUUUUAUUUGAUAGAGUUAUUUAUAUCGAACAAAGUGAUUUUAAAGAAGAGGCUGAUAAAGAUUUUCGUCGAUUAACAACCAAACAAAGUGUUGGAUUGCGUCAUGCGGGCUACGUGAUUGAAGUGUCUGAAGUAGUUAAAAAUGAUAAAAAUCAAAUUGUUGAAGUAAUCUGCAUUUGUACCAAUGUUAAUGAAAUUAAAGUUAAACCGAAAGCAUUUAUUCACUGGGUUUCUAAACCAGUUGAUAUUGAAGUCAGACUUUACGAUAUGCUAUUUUUACAUAAAAAUCCGGAGGAUGCGAAUGAAGUACCUGGUGGAUUUCUUUCAGAUUGUAAUCCAAAUUCUUUGGAAAUAAAAAAAUGUUACGGUGAUGUAUCUCUUAAGUCAGCUAAAGUUUAUGAAAAAUUUCAAUUAGAAAGAAUAGGAUUCUUUUCCGUUGAUCCUGAUUCAUCCAAUAAUAAGUUGAUUUUGAACCGUACAGUUACAUUAAAAGAAGAUGCUGGAAAAAAUAAUUAAAAACUAA